AUGGAGGGUGUGAAUGGUCGACAGCAGGAGUUGUUUACUCCUCCAUGGCACACUUCUAUCUUUCAGCCAAUUAGGGCCUCAACAACUGCCGAACAGAUAACAACUACGACUGCGCAUGGUCACCAUCAUCAGCAUCACACCCAUCCACCUAAAACAACACAUGAACCGAACGAAUUGGAGUCGUUUACCUUCUUUUAUGAUUACAGUACACAUGUUCUUGCUGUGAAAUCAUCACUACAUAUCUGUUACUUAUAUAAAACAUCUGCACAGGAACAAACCGAUGUUCAUACGUCACAUGGACUGCACACUCUAGAGAAAAACUUAAUGGACCUCAUCGACGCCGGGUCAGCCAUGAAGCCAAUAACUAAGGAUGCCCUGACAGCAAUGGGAAGGUCGCUAGCACAUUUCUGCAGCCACACACAAGUAUACAUGCAACUGAACUAG